AUGGCCUCAAUGGAUGAUUCCAACUUUGACCAAGACGGAUAUACGUCUCCUGACUACCACAUCCCACCCCCGGAGCUCACGCUUCUGCAGCGUCUUUUGUUUCGCCGUCCCGAGAGAUAUGUCGAGCACAUGAGGAGGGUGCUCGCCGCCUCUGCCAAGGGCAUGGGGCGCCACCCCACCCAGGAAGAGGUGAACAUCCUCUGCCACCUUACCUACAAAGAGGCCCAGACCGUCGCCUGGGCAGUCCCAGCAAGUGCCAUGCUGGCGGCUGCUCUGACAUGGACAGGGCGUGGCACCUACCGCUUCCCGUUCUUCCAGCCCAAGUUCAAAAAGUUCAGCCCCGAUGUGUUUCCCACCGCGAUGGCGCCGCAUCUGCAAGGCCGCCUCGCGAACCGGAUGUGGCACAUCACAAGGUUCUCCGCCUACUUCGUCUUCUCCAGUCUAGCCGUUUCCCCAUUUAUCGGCUCGUAUGCGACCACAGUGGCCAUUACGACCGCUCGACGCGAUGAGCGUCUCAGCCAGUUUCGCAAGGAUAUGAAGCCCGAGAGGCUGGUCAAGAGCCAUGCCGAAACGCUACCGCUAGCAACCCUCAUCCGUCAUCGAGAGAUGACAGCUGCUCUGAUAAGCCAGCUAGAGAAACAUGUGGCCAGUUUCCCCGCUGAGGAGGAAAUUGCCGCCCAGUCAGAUCACCCUGACAAGACGGAAUUUCCGGACCGGGCACUCCGCCUUGCCCUCAUUGAAGGUCAACGCAAGAUUGAGGAGCAGCGAAGGAUUUUGGCUCAUAUCGAUAAACUCAUCGAGAAGAGGAGAGACAGCGGCGGCGAUGACACAUCCGCGCAGAACAAGGACUACGUGGCUCUCAGCGACUUGAGAACCGCCAGUGGCUAUACUCUGCCUAUGGAGCCCAAUCGUGCUCCUCCCAUGAGCUAUUCGAGUGAGCCGCCAUCUUCGGAAGGACGGCCUGGCUGGGGUUGGGGUCAGAAGGGCUCGUCCUCUCAGCAAGGCAGCAGCAGCAACAAGAACAACAACAGCAGCGCAUUCGACGACCUGGAGAUUGACGACGCAUCGCCUCUCGCACCAACCCCCAGGUCCCAGUCAUCGGUCCAAUCUGGCUCAGCGUGGGAUCGCGUUCGGCAGGCCUCGAAACAGCCGUUGCGAGCGUCUGGCGGUUACCAGGCCCAGCAGAGUGAGUCCGAGGCUUACUACACGUACGAUGCAGUCGACAAGGACAAGGAAGCGGAAAAGGACAAGGCCCAAGCAGAAUUCGAUGCAAUGAUCGAAAGAGAGCGGAGGGGCGACACAGGGCGAGGCGGUGAGCGGAAUAACCGCUGGUGA